AUGGGUGAAGUGUUUUGGAAUCCGAUUGUGGAAAAGAUAAGAAAGAGGUUAGAAGGGUGGAAUAGGGCUUUACUAUCUCGUAGGGGUAGGUACACUCUGGUUAAGACAGUGCUUAGUGGAAUUCCAAUUUAUUUCAUGUCUGUGUUUAAGAUUCCAGUCAAGGUAGCAAAAUCUAUUGAAAAGUCAAUGAGGGAUUUUCUAUGGGAAGGGAAAGAUGAGAAAAAGAAGGAUCAUUUGGUGAACUGGGAAACGGUGUCCUUAUCCAAGGAGAAGGGGGUUUUGGCCAUUGGUAAAAUAGUGGCUAGAAACAUGGCUUUGCUGGGCAAGUGGUUAUGGCGAUUCCCCAAUGAGUGUGGUUCAUUGUGGCAUGCGGUUAUUAAAAGUAAAUAUGGGAUUCAGUGUCAUAAUUGUUCUGUUGCGUCUGUGGCGGGUUCUUUGGUGGUUUUUUUACCUUGGAAUUUUAAUUUCCAUCGGAAUCUCCUUGACAAGGAAGUUUCGGAAUUGAUUUCUCUUUUGUCAAGGCUCGAAAAUGUUUCUUUGUCUCCAAUGUUAAAGGAUAGGUUGGUUUGGAAUAUUCAUUCGUCGGAUUCUUUUACUUGUAAGUCCUUUCUUGAUAAAAUCAUUGAUACUUCUCAUUUUUCUCAGUUUCUAUUUCAUAAUAAGAUUUGGAAGGCAUGUACUUCUUUCAAGGUGAAAGUGUACAUGUGGAUCUUGGUUCAUGGGGGCACUCUGACAAAUGAUUCAUUGCAAAAGAAGAGACGUUCGCGGUAUCUUAAUUCUUAA